UUUAAAAAAGCAAAUAACUUAAUUAUAAUUUUUUUUUUUACCGUUCGAGUUGCAGGCGCACGAAAGGAUCACUCUCUCUCAGGCCCUCCAUCGUUUACUGAAUGUAUUAUCAAUCUCAAUCUCCGACCAAUUCCACCGCCACGGCCCGUAACACGUUGAACUCACUCGCAAUUCAAUUCCUCUUUCGGAUAGGGUUUGUAUUCGUCUCCUCGUGCUUCGCGCUACUGCUCAGUUAGGGUUCCUCUUCGAAUGGAUCACGCGCGAUCGACCAACGGCGAGGACAAUGCGGCGGGAAUUCCGGACGACUUACGGUGCAAGAGGUCCGACGGAAAGCAGUGGCGGUGCACGGCCAUGUCGAUGCCUGACAAGACGGUGUGCGAGAAGCACUACAUCCAGGCUAAGAAGCGCGCCGCGAAUUCCGCAAUGAGGGCCAACCUCAAGAAAGCCAAGAGGAAGUCGCAGUCGCUGAACGAGUCUGAUGUUUAUUUGGAGAGUAAGAGCGACGAUUUCGACGUUCCUCUCUCUGCUAUAAGCCUUUCGCAGAAGAAGCUCUCGAAGAAUCAGUUUCGUUACACGCCCGAGCGUGACGCUCGAAGAGCCUCCUCUGCGAGACAUGCUCAUGACGAGGUGGAUGUGGAUGUGGAUGCGGAUGCUGAUGCUGAUGCUGAUGCAGAUGCAGAUGCAGAUGUGGAUGUGGAUGUAGAUGUGGAUGCGGAUGCUGAUGCUGAUGUGGCGCUCUAUGAAGAAGACAAUUGGGUCUCCUAUGAUUCCCCGCCGGACUCCUCGCGCAAGAGAUCGCGAAGGAGCUUGGAUGCUAAUGCCACCACUCAGGAAUAUUCCGACGGAACCUCUGGUUCUUCUGAAGACACCGGCGGGCAGACUUGUCAUCAGUGCCGGAGGAAUGACAGAGAUAGAGUUACGUGGUGCUUAAAAUGUGACCGGAGGGGAUACUGUGAUAGCUGUAUAUCAGCAUGGUACUCGGACAUUUCGUUGGAUGAUGUACAGAGGAUAUGUCCUGCUUGCCGCGGUAUAUGUAAUUGCAAGACUUGCUUGCGGAGUGAUAAUUCUAUCAAGGUUCGUAUACGCGAGACACCUGUUCUGGAUAAGUUACAGUAUCUCCAUGUGUUGCUAUCUUCGGUGCUUCCGGUGGUAAAGCAGAUCCAUCGUGAACAGUGUUUUGAAGUUGAACUAGAAAAGAAGUUGCGUGGUGCUGAAAUAGAUCUUCCGAGAAUAAAAUUCAACACAGAUGAGCAGAUGUGCUGCAAUUUCUGUAGGAUACCUAUAACUGAUUAUCAUCGACGCUGUCCAAAUUGCUCAUAUGAUUUGUGCCUUAAUUGCUGUCGAGAUCUUCGAGAAGCAACUGCAGAUCACAAUAAAGAACCUCAGACAGAGCUAGCUAAAACUUGUGAUCAAAAUAUAUUAAGUAAAUUUCCCCAUUGGAGAUCCAAUGACAAUGGAAGUAUUCCAUGCCCCCCUAAGGAGUAUGGUGGCUGUGGUCAUUCUUCAUUAAACUUAAGCCGAAUUUUCAAGAUGAAUUGGGUAGCAAAGUUGGUGAAAAAUGUAGAGGAAAUGGUUAGUGGCUGCAGAAUUAGUGAUGCCGAUGGUCCACCAGAAACUGGGCUGAAUGAUCUCAGACUGUGCCAGUGUUCUCAUAGAGAAGCCAGUGAUGAUAAUUAUCUUUUUUGUCCAGCAUCUGACGAUAUCAAAACUGAUGGGAUUGGAAAAUUUAGAAAGCAUUGGAAAACUGGUGAGCCCAUUAUUGUUAAGAAAGUAUUUGAUGGGUCAUCCAUUUCAAGCUGGGAUCCAACGGUCAUAUGGAGGGGGGUUCAAGAGACAACAGAUGAAAAAGCAAAAGAUGAAAACAGGAUGGUUAAGGCCAUAGAUUGCUUAGAUGGAUCUGAGAUUGAUAUCGAGCUUGCUCAGUUCAUGAAAGGAUACUUCGAAGGGCGUGUUCAUGAAAAUGGUUGGCCACAGUUAUUAAAAUUGAAGGAUUGGCCUUCACCUAGCGCAUCUGAAGAAUUUCUCUUGUAUCAAAGACCCGAGUUUAUCAGCAAACUACCUUUACUUCAGUAUAUCCACUCCAAGUGGGGCCUUCUCAAUGUUGCAGCUAAAUUGCCUCAUUACUCCUUGCAGAAUGACGUAGGACCCAAGAUAUAUAUAGCUUAUGGAAUUAGCGAUGAACUUGGAAGAGGUGAUUCAGUGACAAAUCUCCACUUCAAUAUUCGUGACAUGGUGUACCUUUUGGUUCAUACAAAUGAAGUAAAGUUAAAGGAUUGGCAGAGAACUAAAAUUGAAAUCAUGCAAAAGGAUAAAGCUGAUGAGGAAUCUGAGGCGAAAGAGUCACAUGGAGAUCCUCAAAUAUUUUCAAGCGGGAGUUCACUUGAUUCAUCACUUGGUACAAAAAGUAGUGGACUUGACAUGGAUUCAAACCAGAAUAAGUCAAUUAUGGAUCAAGAAUUUGAAAUUUAUUCUAGUGCUGAAGGUGAUAUGGUCAAUUGUAAGGUCCUGUCUACACAAAAUAGAGAUGUCUCUGAGAAAACACAUCCUGGAGUUCUUUGGGAUGUUUUUCGUCGGCAGGAUGUUCCAAUAUUGACUAAAUAUUUGAAAAUUCAUUGGAAGGAAUUGGGGAAGUCAGAUGAUGUGGGAAAUGAAUUUGUUGCAUGGCCUCUAUAUGGUGGAGCUAUUUUUCUUGACAAACACCAUAAAAGAAAGUUGAAGGAAGAAUUUGGAGUGGAGCCUUGGUCAUUUGAACAGAAUUUGGGGGAAGCUAUAUUUGUUCCUGCUGGUUGCCCUUUCCAAGCAAGGAAUGUUCAAUCGAAUGUUCAGCUGGGCCUUGAUUUCUUAUCUCCGGAAAGCCUGGGCGAUGCUGUACGAUUGACAGAGGAAAUUCGCUGUCUACCGAUUGAACAUGAAUCAAAAGUUCAAGUAUUGGAGUUGGUGUUGGCGUGUACUUCUUGGAAAUUUAUGCAGGUGGGGAAGAUAUCUCUCUAUGCAGCAAGUUCUGCCAUCAAAGAAGUUCAGAAACUUGUACUUGACCAAAAACUUGGCGCCGAGAUUGGAUAUGGAGACCCUAAUUUGACAGCAAUGGUUUCUGAGAAUUAUGAGAAGAUGGUUAAGCGGAGGCAGAUUACUUGUGCUUGACCUUCCACUUUCGGUUUGGUCAAUGAGUUGGGAAACGGGGGACUUAUGUACAUUAGUUGUAUUUGAGCAAUAUUUUAUGGGUUAGUAUGUUUCAAUGUAGUUUUGAUCACAAAUACCUAGGUAAUCAUUUAAAUGUGUAUAAUAGUUACAGUUGUUAGAGAAUCAUCAUAUAGUGACAAACUUCUGAUCUGUAUUUUAUUUCAAAAAGUGGAAAAGAAACGUGUAAUAUAUAAAGUUAAAACUUAUUUGUCA